GUCUUCCAGAUCCUUCUACUCCAAAAUCCGAAUCUACAAAGUAAUUGGUUCCCCAACUUUAUUGGGCCUCAGCCAGCCACCCCAAAAUUCUAGACCCUUCCACUCUCCUCACAAGAACCCUCUAGAGCCUCUCUCCAGCCCCUUAUUUCUCUCUCCUUUCACAUCUCCAAACCCUCUCUAUCCCCAGAACACACUCAGUCUCUCUAUCUCUCUGUCUCGAUCUUGCGGACUUGUAAUUUGAUCAAUGGCGAAGUACGGCGAGGGCGACAAGCGAUGGAUCGUGGAGGACAGGCCAGACGGAGCCAACGUCCACAACUGGCACUGGGCCGAGACCGAUUGCCUCGGUUGGUCACGCGACCUCCUGACCAAGCUCCUCAGCAACCUCACCGUUCUCGAUGGCGAAGGCAACCUCCAUCUCAAGACCAAGACCGUCGACAAGGUCGACGGCGAGGCCUACGUCAACAUCCGGAAGGGCAAGAUCAUUCCCGGCUACGAAAUCAGCCUCAGUCUUUCCUGGGAAGGCGAGGCCAAAGACGCCGAUGGAAAAUCGCUGCUAAAGGUCGAUGGGGUGGUGGAGAUUCCUUAUAUUGCGGACGAGAACGCUGAUGAGGACCCGGAGGUCAAGAUUUCGGUUAAGGAUGAGGGGCCCAUUGGGAAGAGGCUUAAGGAGGCCAUGUUGGCUAAAGGGAAGCCUUUGAUUUUGGAGAAGGUUAGGGUUUAUGUAGAGAGUAUUGCGAAAGGUGGGCCCGUUAAGGACGAAGUAGAGGCUAAGAAGAUUGCCACAAAGAGUAAUUCGACGGCGGCAGUACCGGCUGCUGCGGAGGCGGUGAAGAAGGAGGUGGUGGUGGAGAAGAAAGAGGUGAAGAAGAAGGAGAGUAAAAAAGGGUUCAAGACGAUUAGUAUGACUGAGAAGUUUAGUUGCAGAGCGAAAGAUUUGUUUGAGAUUUUGAUGGAUGAGAAUAGAUGGAAGGGUUUUAGUCAGAGCAAUGCCAAGAUAAGCAAGGAGGUUGGUGGGCAGAUUAGCAUUUUCGAUGGGUCGGUGACGGGUACCAAUUUGGAGUUGCAGAAUGGGAGCUUGAUUGUGCAGAAAUGGAGAUUUGGGAGCUGGCCUGAUGGCAUUGAUUCAACGGUGAGGCUUACACUUGAAGAGCCUGAACCCGGGCUCACUGUUGUCAAGCUAACACAUUCGGAUAUUCCUGAGGAAGACAGAUAUGGGAAUGCGACUGUGGUGGAGAAUACGGAGAGAGGAUGGCGGGAUCUUAUUUUCCAGAGGAUACGGGCAGUUUUUAGUUUUGGAAUUUGAGAUACUUGAGUAGGGUUUCUCUUGAAAGUGUAGAAUUUAAUGAUUUUGGAAUUAUGAUUCAGAUCUAAUGUUUCCUAUCAAAACAAUUUGCUGAGUCUAAUGUUACAAUGUUUCGCAAUGUCAUUGAUAAACUGCUUGUCUUUAAAAUGUGUUGUCAGUCCUCUCACUAUUUCAAUAACUGAGAAUCAUUGUAGAAUUUGGUGAGAAAGAGUUGUAUCUGGUUUGUCUCAUUGGGUUGAUUUAUCGCACUUUUACCAUUUUUGCU